AUGAAAGCUAAAGUCCCAAAAGACUUCAAAGCUCCCGACAUGACCCCGUAUGAUGGUACGUCUGAUCUGAGUCAUCAUCUCAGAAAUUUCAGAAGUCGGAUGUAUCUCACAGAUGCCUCAGAUGCAAUUCGUUGCAAAGCCUUCCCUACCACCUUGAUCAAGACGGCAAUAAAGUGGUUCGACAGCUUGCCGCCAGGGUUGAUAACAAGCUUUGAUGACCUCGCCAAGAAAUUCUUAGCUAGAUUCUCCAUCCAGAAAGACAAAGCCAAGCACGCUCCAAGCCUACUAGGGAUUAAGCAAGGAGAUCAGGAAAACCUUCGCAGUUACAUAAAAAGAUUCAAUAAAGCCUGCCUGGACAUACAAAAUCUUAUAGCAGAGGCAGCCAUCAUCGGUCUCAUCAACGGCCUACGAGAAGGACCCUUUAGACACUCCAUAUCUAAAAAGCAUCCAACAUCUCUCAACGAGGUUCAAGAACGGACGGAAAAAUACAUUAAUAUGGAGGAGAACUCCUGA